UGACAAUCUCACUCACUUAAAGUGCUUAAGUCCUAACGAAGACCUAACCUCACUUUUAAUCCAUGUGUUCUAAACGAAGCGAAGCACAUUAUUUAUUUUAAUUUGAAGAAGUAAACUUUUUCGUAAGUGAUGGAUUAUUCUGUAGGCAGUUUGUCCGAUUUAAUAACUGGUUCGAAUACCCCCAAUAAGAAGAAUGUAAUCAGAAAAAAGAUAAGUCCAAAAACUCGAGAAUCAAACAAACAUUCUUCGAGUUUCGCUUCUCAGGAACCUGAUGAAACAUCAGAUUUUCAAUUUCAAGAACAGAAGUCGGAAAAGACACUCAAAAAGAAAAUCAAGAAAAAAGCUACAAAAAAACUCAUGAAACCGAAUUUACAGGCAAAUGAUGAGAAUGAGUCUUUGGAUUUUCAAGAACAGAAGUCGGAAAACAAACUGAAAAAGAAAAAGAAAAUCAAGGAAAAUAAUACAGAAAAAUCUGUGAAACGUGAGUUACAAAUAAAUGAUGAGAAUGAGUUUUUGGAUUUUCAAGAACACAAGUCGGAAAAGAAACUGAAAAAGAAAAUCAAGGAAAAUAAUGAGGAAAAACCCGUGAAACGGGAGGGACAGACAAGUGAUGAGGAUGGGCCUUUGGUAAAAAAAAGCAGGAAAUCUAUGAAUGCGGAAAGACGUAUUAAAUCAAAAGAAAAGAAAGAAAAGUUUGAGGAAGAUCCAGAAUUACUUUCAAGGACAAUAUUUGUUGGAAAUUUACCAAUUAAUUCAAAUACAAUACAGCUUAAAAGAUUUUUCAUGAAAUAUGGAAAGGUGGAGGCUGUGUGGAUACGAGGAGUGCCUGUUGCGGAUCCCAAGAUUUCAAAAAAAGUUGCGAUUAUUAAAAAGAAAUUCCAUCCAGAUCGAAAAAGUUUUCAUGGAUACGUAAGAUUUGAGACGAGAGAUGAAGCUAUCAAAUCAACAGAAGCAGAUGGUGUUCUGUACAAAGAGCACCAUUUAAGAGUUAAUAUGAGUGACGCUAAAGACAAGCCAGACGAAAACAAAGCCAUUUUUAUUGGAAAUUUAAGCUUUUAUGCAGAAGAAGAUGACUUGUGGAAAACAUUUGAAUCUUGUGGCCCCAUUUCCUCAGUUAGGAUUGUAAGAGAUAAGAAAACUGGAGUAGGGAAGGGAUUUGGUUACGUGAACUUUAAAAAUUCUGAUUCCGUAACACUUGCUUUAGAAAUGGAAAAUGUUAAGCUUAAAGAUAGGGAAUUAAGAAUCAGUUUAUGUAACCUUAAUGCCGCAAAGAAAAAUAAAAAAACGGGUAAAGUGAAAGAGAUAAAGAAAGCCGGAAAACCCAGAACUAACAAAAAUAAAGAGAAAAGUAAUGUAGAACAAAAUGAUGUUAAAGAAGAGGUUCAUGUAAUUGGAAAUCAAGCUUUCCAAGGUGUUAAGCAUGCAGAGAAAAAGAAAAAGAAAUUCAACAAAGGUUUGUUGCAAAAGAAAAAGUUGGUUAAGCAAAUAGCUCCAAAAUGAUUGUUUUAUUAAUUUCACUUUAUUGUAACACUGGACAAGGAAUGAUCGUGAAUAAAUUAAUUCGGGUCAA